ACCCCCGCCUUGUCCGGCUGCUCGCUCAGUUCUCACUCCACGUUCCACGCCGCGGCCUCGCUGCCCCGCGAGAGGCAGCCCCGCGCUCGCUGCGUGCGCCCGCGCGCCUCGCACCUCGCGCGCUCGCCCGGCUCUCCCCACGCGCGCGCGCCCCGCGCACGGACACACGUUCGUUUCCCCUCGCGCCUUCGGCUCUCGGCGGCGGCGGCGGCGGGCGGACUGCGCGGGGCCACACCGUAGCGGCCGCCGCGGGCUGGCCGGCCGGCCAUGGAGGCAGAUGGGGCUGGCGAGCAGAUGAGACCGCUACUCACCCGGGUAACCAGCAGGGGUCCUGAUGAAGAAGCUGUUGUGGAUCUUGGCAAAACCAGCUCAACUGUGAACACCAAGUUUGAAAAAGAAGAACUAGAAAGUCACCGAGCUGUAUAUAUUGGUGUUCACGUCCCAUUUAGUAAAGAGAGUCGUCGACGUCAUAAGCAUCGUGGACACAAGCAUCACCACCGGAGAAGAAAAGAUAAAGAAUCAGAUAAAGAAGAUGGACGGGAAUCUCCUUCUUAUGACACUCCAUCCCAGCGAGUCCAGUUCAUCCUCGGGACGGAGGAUGAUGAUGAGGAGCACAUCCCGCAUGACCUCUUCACGGAGAUGGACGAGCUGUACUACAGAGAUGGCGAAGAGUACGAAUGGAAAGAAACUGCCAGAUGGCUGAAAUUUGAAGAGGAUGUUGAAGAUGGUGGUGACCGGUGGAGUAAACCCUAUGUGGCAACUCUCUCUUUGCACAGUCUUUUUGAACUAAGAAGUUGCAUCCUAAAUGGAACAGUCAUGCUGGAUAUGCGAGCAGGCACUCUAGAUGAAAUAGCAGAUAUGGUAUUGGACAACAUGAUAGCCUCUGGCCAGUUGGAUGAGUCCAUUAGAGAGAAUGUCAGAGAAGCCCUUCUGAAGAGACAUCAUCAUCAGAAUGAGAAAAGAUUCACCAGUCGGAUUCCCCUUGUGCGAUCUUUUGCAGAUAUAGGCAAGAAACAUUCUGACCCUCACUUGCUUGAAAGGAAUGGGGAAGGCCUUUCAGCCUCCCGCCACUCUUUGCGAACAGGCCUGUCUGCCUCAAACCUUUCACUGAGAGGAGAAUCACCUUUAUCUCUUCUUCUCAGUCAUCUUCUCCCUUCUGCGAGAGCUGGAACCCCUGCAGGCUCGAGGUGUACAACCCCAGUGCCCACCCCUCCAAACAGCCCUCCUUCUAGCCCUAGCAUCAGUCGCCUGACCUCCAGAAGUUCCCAACAGAGUCAGCUGCAGGUCCCAGAACUACUGGUUUCUCCUGCCAGUGAUGAUAUUCCCACAGUAGUAAUUCAUCCGCCAGAGGAAGACUUAGAAUCAUCGAAAGGCCAGGAGCAGAAGAAUGAGGAAAAUGUUGACAUAACUCCAGGUAUUUUGGCCUCUCCACAGUCUGCACCUGGAAACUUGGACACUAGUAAAAGUGCCGAAAUUAAAGGUAAUGGAGGUGGAGGAAGCAGAGAAAAUAGUACUGUUGACUUCAGCAAGGUUGAUAUGAAUUUCAUGAGGAAAAUUCCUUCGGGAGCUGAGGCAUCCAAUGUUCUGGUGGGAGAAGUAGACUUUUUGGAAAGACCGAUAAUCGCGUUUGUGAGACUGGCUCCCGCUGUUCUCCUCUCAGGGCUGACUGAAGUCCCUGUUCCGACCAGGUUUUUGUUUUUGUUACUGGGUCCAGCAGGCAAGGCACCACAGUACCAUGAAAUUGGAAGAUCAAUAGCCACUCUCAUGACGGAUGAGAUUUUUCAUGAUGUAGCUUAUAAAGCAAAAGACAGAAAUGACCUCUUAUCUGGAAUUGAUGAGUUUUUAGAUCAAGUAACUGUCCUACCUCCAGGAGAGUGGGAUCCUUCUAUACGCAUAGAGCCACCAAAAAGUGUUCCUUCUCAGGAAAAGAGAAAGAUUCCUGUAUUUCCCAAUGGAUCUGCCCCCAGCUCGGGUGAAACUCAUAAAGAGGCUGCUGACCAUGCUGGGCCUGAGCUACAGAGAACUGGACGGCUUUUUGGUGGUUUGAUACUUGACAUCAAAAGGAAAGCACCUUUUUUCUUGAGUGACUUCAAGGAUGCAUUAAGUCUGCAGUGCCUGGCCUCGAUUCUUUUCCUAUACUGUGCCUGUAUGUCUCCUGUAAUCACUUUUGGAGGGCUGCUUGGAGAAGCUACAGAAGGCAGAAUAAGUGCAAUAGAGUCUCUUUUUGGAGCAUCAUUAACUGGGAUUGCCUAUUCGUUGUUUGCUGGGCAACCUCUAACAAUAUUGGGGAGUACAGGUCCAGUUUUAGUGUUCGAAAAAAUUUUAUUUAAAUUCUGCAGAGAUUACCAGCUUUCCUAUUUGUCUUUAAGAACCAGUAUUGGUCUGUGGACUUCUUUCUUGUGCAUUGUUUUGGUUGCCACAGAUGCAAGCAGCCUUGUGUGUUAUAUUACUCGAUUUACGGAGGAGGCUUUUGCAGCUCUCAUUUGCAUCAUAUUCAUCUACGAGGCUUUGGAGAAGCUCUUUCAUUUAGGAGAAAUAUAUGCAUUUAAUAUGCACAACAAUUUAGAUGAACUGACCAGCUACUCAUGUGUAUGUAUUGAACCUCCUAAUCCUAGCAACGAAACUCUGAAGGUGUGGACGGAAAAUAAUAUAACGGCACAUGAUAUUUCCUGGGGGAAUCUCACUGUCUCUGAAUGUAAAACCUUUCACGGUGUAUUUGUAGGAUCAGCUUGUGGUCAUCAUGGGCCUUAUAUUCCAGAUGUGCUCUUUUGGUGUGUUAUCUUGUUUUUCACAACAUUUUUUUUGUCCUCAUUCCUCAAACAAUUCAAGACCAAGCGCUAUUUUCCUACUAAGGUGCGAUCGACAAUCAGUGACUUCGCUAUAUUUCUCACAAUAGUAAUAAUGGUCCUAAUUGACUACCUUGUAGGAGUUCCUUCUCCUAAACUUCACGUUCCUGAAAAAUUCGAGCCUACUGAUCCAAAUAGGGGCUGGAUUAUAAAUCCAUUGGGAGAAAAUCCUUGGUGGACCUUAUUAAUAGCUGCUGUUCCGGCUCUGCUGUGCACCAUUCUCAUCUUUAUGGAUCAACAAAUUACAGCUGUAAUCAUAAACAGAAAAGAGCACAAAUUGAAGAAAGGAGCUGGCUAUCACCUUGACUUGUUCGUGGUCGGAGUUAUGUUGGGAGUGUGCUCUGUCAUGGGACUUCCAUGGUUUGUGGCUGCAACAGUGUUGUCGAUAAGUCACGUCAACAGCUUAAAACUUGAAUCUGAAUGUUCUGCUCCAGGGGAACAACCCAAGUUUUUGGGAAUUCGUGAACAGCGGGUCACGGGGCUAGUGAUUUUCAUUCUAAUGGGCCUGUCUGUGUUUAUGACUUCAGUACUAAAGUUUAUUCCAAUGCCUGUUCUCUAUGGUGUUUUCCUUUACAUGGGAGUUUCCUCAUUAAAAGGAAUCCAGUUUUUCGACCGUAUAAAAUUAUUUGGCAUGCCUGCUAAGCAUCAGCCCGACCUGAUAUACCUCCGCUACGUGCCUCUCUGGAAGGUCCACAUUUUCACGGUCAUUCAGUUUACCUGUCUGGUUCUUUUGUGGGUAAUCAAAGCUUCGGCUGCUGCCGUAGUUUUUCCCAUGAUGGUUCUUGCAUUAGUCUUUGUACGUAAGCUCAUGGAUCUGUGUUUCACAAAGAGAGAACUAAGUUGGCUUGAUGAUCUCAUGCCAGAAAGUAAGAAAAAGAAAGAAGAUGACAAAAAGAAAAAAGAGAAAGAGGAGGCUGAACGAAUGCUUCAAGCUGACGACGACACUGUGCACCUUCCGUUUGAAGGGGGAAGUCUCUUGCAGAUUCCGGUUAAGGCCCUGAAAUAUAGUGUUGAUCCCUCAGUUGUUAACAUAUCAGAUGAAAUGGCCAAAACUGCACAGUGGAAGGCACUUUCCAUGAAUACUGAGAAUGCCAAAGUAACCAGAUCUAACACGAGCCCUGAAAAACCUGUGAGUGUGAAAAUAAAUAUUGAAGAUGAACCAACAAAGAAAUACAUGGAUGCUGAAACUUCGUUAUAGAAUUGAACCAAGAGGAAUUAUAUAUAUAUAUAUAUAUAUAGAUAUACAGAUACAUACAUAUAUAUAAUGUGUGUAUUUCAUGUCACUAUAACAAUAUUGUAUGUCAUGCUAUUUAUGCGUGACCACUUGGUUUUUAAAAGUGGUGUCUGAAGUUUGUUAGGGGUGCCAUGGAGACUGUGUAUAUAAAGAAAUAGUCUUUUAGAAGUGAGGUAUAUGGUUCUUACAAUUCAAAUAUUUAUUGUGAUGAAAAAAAUUGUUCUGUUCAAUAGAAAGAUGUGGGGAAAUGCAUUCAAUGUACAUUUACUUAAAUUUGUUUAUCAGUGACAAUUCAUGCCAAUCUUAAGUGAUGUGUACUUUGUCCAUAUAUUUCUAAUUUUAACUUGAGUUACACACAUUAUUUCACUUGUGUUAGUGCUUUAUGGGAAGAACAGGGGAUCGUAUGCCAGUGCUGUGGGACAGAAUAUGAACAUGUCAUGGCUUCUCUUUGUGUGUUUCAUUUAUGUAGAUGCCCAUCAUGUUUCACAAGCGAUGGAAUUUUUUCGCUAUAGAGGUAGAACAAUGGAAACUUUCUAGAUAAGAACUAUAUUUUUGACCCUUUUUUAAAAAAUUAAUUUUAAAUCUUUAAGACCUCCACAGCUAGGAUUCAUUCAGAUAAGUAAAAUUGCAGAUGAUUUAUAAUUUAACUCCCAUCCCAGUCAUACAUUUAUGAAUUUUAGAAACUAAGAAAUGCUAGUUACAGUAGUUAAAUUUUGUUACCUUUGUAGAAAUUUUUUUCUGAUUUCUAAUACUUUAUUAGAGCCCAGAGUGCUCACUCUAUUCUCUGCCUUUGCUGUCUUUUACUUAAGUGUUUAGUUUGUAUCAGGUUCAAGGUUUUGAUUAUUUUUCUAUUAUAAGUAGUACGAUGAAAUAAUCAGGAGUCAGAAUUCUCUUAAAUGGGUUUAUGAUCAGUAUUACUUUAUUCUAGUAGGAUUUACCUUUCAUUUUCUGUUUACAUUGUUCUUUCUAUUGUAAGAUAAUAUUUAAUAGAUUGUUAUAUGUGAUUUCAUUUUUAAAUAUUUUAUUUAUUUUAAUUGAUAUGAUGCUUAUGUAUUAUAUACAAACAUUUGAAAAGGUAACAAAUAUAGAGUAAAUUGUUAAUGUAAAUAGUUGGUGCUCAUUGCAUUUACAGUUUAUUACCUGAAAGCAGUUGACAGAUUUUACAUCUUUAUAUAAAGCACUGCCAUAUUUGUAUUUUAAAAGGAAUUUGGAAAUUUUAUGUAUAGCUCAGAUUGAUGGCAUUCUUUCCGUUUUGUGUUAGUAUUUGUUACUUAAUUUUUGAUCUUCUGAGCUGUCUUUUAACUUCUAGCAAAUCUUUUUAGUCACCUUUUUUCUACUCUUAGCUCCACAUGAAAUAAAUAAAUGUUCUUGUUAAGCCUGUAGGACUGGAUGAAUGGGGUUGUGAAACUAAUUUGGCAAGAGGAUAGUUUAAUGACAGCUAAAUGAAUAUUGAGAAGCCCCAGAAAUAUUUAAAAUAGUGGCAUGAAUAGUAGGAUGAAAAUAUUAAUGAAAUUACAAUGCUCCCUUUAAUCAUUUGUAAUUAAAGCACAAGAGUAUGAAGAAUGAUCUUAUAUAGAGGAUCAUGAGAAAUGCCCCAAAAAUGAUAUUUUAGCAAUUCGGAAUGCUUUUAAAAUUUAUUCUAAAAUACUUAAUAACUAAUGUAAUUUACCCGUCUGAGACUGUAUUAUCAGAUUCUAGUUAAAAUAACAGAUUUAACUUAUGCCUCAGAUGGGAGGUUGCAAAUGUAGCCACCUUUAAAUAGAAAAUAUAGCUGGCAUCAUUUGGUACUGCCUAAAAAAGAGUUCUGCUCUAUUUACAGUUGGUAACAGAGUAUGUAUUACCCACGGUGCUUGUUAUUGUUCUUGCGCUUCCAUUGAAGUGGUUCCUUUUUGUUCAUAGCAGCAUCAUCAUUUCCAAAGACCCCCAGUAUUUGCUGCUGUAUUUUGUAAACUCCCCUGAUGUACAUGAAUAGGAGGAUUUCCUCACAUAAUUUCCUUAUGUCUGGACAUCAUAGGGUUAACAAAUGUGCGUUAUUUUAUAGGAUGUAAUUUUAAAAUUUAAACUGAAAACUACCUGGGAUCAUAGUGUUUUCUGUGAUUUUAUUUAAUUAUGUAUAGUGAUUGUCCAGUGCCAGAAAAACCAUGACUUGCAAAAUACUUUGCACUCAAAAUAUUUUUAGUAUGUUUCAAAUUUGAUAAUGGUUUCUGCUUUCUUUUGACUACUUGACUUAUAAAAUGAUUUGAUAUGACUACUCCAUUGAAGAGCAAAGGUAACUCAAGUUUAAGUAAUUAACUGCUUGUUUUAUAUGGUUAUAUUAUUCCACUAUUUUUGAAAAAUAACAAUCAUGGAUAGCAUUCAUUGCCAGAGAGUGAGAAAUAUAAUUUACUACAUAUAUUGAUUCUCAAAUGUUGCCUUAAAUAGGUGGAAAUGAGCAGUAAUAAUUGCUAUGUACUGAUUUACCUCAAGGUGCAAAAUAAUUCAACCUGUACAUAUUCCAUUUACGAAAUAAGUUCACAGACACAGCUCUGCACUUUCUUAGAUGCCUUGGUUUCCAGGAUGGAGCUUAGUGCUACUGAAUACCCUGGCCCCAGAGCCACCUCAGGAUAUUCUCUCCACCCUAUUUUAUUUAUUUAUAGACACUGCUUACAAAGACUAUAAUGAAUCCUGAUGCUGACCAUCUGAAAUUUCCUUUUUUUGAAUGCUACUUCAUUCUAAAAUAGCAGCUUUUGAGAAAACAGUGAACUAAUUUCAUUAUGAUAAAAGGAUGAGUCUGUAUAUUCUCUAAUAAUAUUAGGUAUGCUGAGUGAAGCACACAAUCUUUCUAAUGGUGUUUGUGUGCGUGUGCGUGUGUGCGUGUGUGUGUGUAUAAGUGAUUUAUCAAAUCUUAAAUCUCUCAAGUUGUUUAACAAAGCUGUGGCGUAUCAACGUUCACAUUUGCCAAGUCUUCUGUAAAACACGUAGGACAAAUUUUUUUAAUGUCCUAAUGUGUGUAUUCAUAAAGCAGAUUUCUUUACCACUCAAGAUUAACUUUUGUUUUUUUCAUCCAAAAACAUUUCUUCUUUUUUCUUCACAUACUUAAAAUUUAUUGUAUGUAUAUAAUAGCUUUCUUUUUCCUUUUACAAAGACAGGCUCAAAAUUCUGUACAAAGAGAAAAUGGUUUCUGAAACUGAGGUAUGACAUCAGAGCUUGCUGUCUUGUUAGGAUUAUAUCAUGUACAUCAGUUCUGUGAAUGUGCUCAAGAAUUUUACAUGUGAAUCCUGUUUUAAAGUGCUCCGAUUUCAGAUACGUCAGCCAUUGAUACAACAUUUUAAUUAAAAAAAUGUUUAAUUUAAUGUUUUAAAUUUAUUUAUGUAGAUCACAUUGUUGUUAUAUGCAGUACAAAUAUGUGAAAUGUCUUUUGGUUUAGUCCGACAAUUAUUUAUUUUUUAGAAAGUAAACUUAAAGACUUGAAGGACAUUCAAAAUUUAAAAUAGUGUUCAGAAUUAAAAAUUUGGCAAUUUAAUGUAAAGUUGAUUCUUUUUUAACUUUUCAAAAAAUAAUAUAAGUAUCAAUAGGAAAGCAUAUUUGGAAAUGGAAUCAUCUAAAGAUCAUUUUAAAAAUUUAAUUUAUCAGCACAUAUUGACUUCUAUAGUUGACUUAGAAUAAUUGUUAAACCCCAGUUGUUUUUUAAAUCAGAUUUUUGUGCAUUGGUUGGUUUUUGUGUUUUGGCUUUUCUUUUGUUGCUUUAAUAUUGAAAGUUUUUGUUUUGUUUUGAUUUUUUCUGUAGAGGGGGUUAUCUUCCAAUGUUUACUAUGUUUAAAUAAGUAGAAAUUGAAUUUUAUUGUUCAUUUAUGUAAUAUUUGAUAGCUUGGUAUAAUUUCACAGUACAAUUCUAAUUUUUAUGACUUUUAUAAUUACAAUGAUAUUUUCUUUUGUAAUAAAAUCCAAAGUAAAUUAAACAUUUAAAACGUAGAACUGAUAUUUUUCAUUUAUAUGAAGUACAAGUCUCUACCAAGUCUAAUGUGAAUGGCCCUGCCUUUUAAAUUUGUUUUAUAAUUGUCAGAAGAAAACUAUUUUUUGGAGAUGUUAUUGAAGUUGAAAGAGCAAUAAAAGUCUACUGAAUUA